CUUUCUACUUCAGAAACAAGUAAUGUGCAGUAAAGAACGAAAAUUACUUGAAAACCCUCACCUUACAUUGUGACAAAUCAAGUUCUUACAAGUAUCCUGAACAAUCCUGAACGAAGCAACACUCAACAAAGUCUACUACAGCAUUGCGACAGCCCGGGUCAAACGUUCUUAAAGGCACUCCAGGUGAACGAAGCACCAGGAAUGUUUCUUCAGGCAUGGGAGCCACGUCUCUGGUCUCUCCCUGGUGGCCUGGUGCACCUGACUGCUAAACAAAAGGCCAUGCCUCGGCCAUUGCAGUGUCAUUGUGGUUAACCACACCGCCCAUUCUUUAAUUCCAUCUCUUAUACGGUGAUGUCUUUCUUGUUUACUUCUAUGACAGGCACCCAAGUCGUCAGUAGCAACAUGAACCAUGCGAUGAUGCCGCCAAGUGGCAAACAGUCGUGCCACCAUGACCUGCCUCAGUUUCUUUGGGGAAGCUGGUGUGGCAUGUAAAAUAUCUGCAAGCAGGUAGUUAGGGACAAAGCAGCAGAUAGACUAUGCUAUUAGCAUUUAAACAGAACGCACAGUUUGAGUUAAUCUAAUGCAGUGCCGGCGAGAUAGAAACUUCUAUAAUUUGCGACCGGCUCAUGAGAACAAGUAACCAGUAAACGGAGUUUUAAUUAUUCGAGAAAAGGUAAACAGAGUUUUUUUUUUUGGCUCACAGUUGCAGUAUGAAAAAAAAACCCCCAGCAACCUGUGGAUCUCGUACAAUAUUCAUGGAACCAGCAGGUGUCAAAGGCCUGCAGAAAAAAAAUCAGAUAAUUCAUUGCAACAAUAAGCUACAGUCAAUAGAAGUCAAAGCAUUUCGAUCUAUUUUCCACCGCUCUCCCUUGAAAUGGAUCUAUAGAAGAGCUUGAAGUCAGGAACCCAACAACAAAAGAAUUUGUUGAAGAAGAUGAAAACUUCUAUGCAUAGUAAAUUAUUCGAGAGUUCAAGCACACACCACAGUAAUUCUUUGGGAUUCCCAGCCCACAGUUCAGAGAUAAACCACAAAACUGACCAUGGGGUGGGGUUAAUUUCGAGCCCAUGGUUCAGUAAACCACACCAAGGAAGCAUCAAACAUGUCACCCUAGCUAGUUUCAGGGCCGGGAAACAAAGGUUGAUUUUGUCAACUGGGAUAACGGACAAAGAUGUCAGCCACUAAGACCACAUCAACACAUUGUAAUAAGCUACGGAAUACAGCAUCAUGCCCUCAAUGCCUCUUAGAAAACUCAGCCAGCCUCUAACGCACUAGGAAGAUUUGGACAUCAGAGACAAGGGGAACAUGACAAGGCCCCCACUAAACCCAACAUCUCAACAUCACGCCUCCCCUUAUAUUCAGACACCAGAUCCUCCCCCAAAGUUCAGACCAAAGUUCAGAACACCUGCGAAAGCGCAUUGCCCCUUGAUCUCUUCUUCCCAAUGGAACUCCAGUUCCAGCAGCCACAAAGCCAUCCCCAGCAGCAAUGCAGCUACCAGCUGCCAGUCAGGAAGGAGACCAAGUCCAGCCCCAAAGUAAGAAGCAAAUGUGGCGGCGGUGGCGGCAAGUUCGUGGGCGUCAGGCAGAGGCCCUCGGGGAGGUGGGUGGCCGAGAUCAAGGAUACCACCCAGAAGAUACGGAUGUGGCUCGGCACAUUCGAGACCGCCGAGGAAGCGGCGCAGGCCUACGACGAGGCAGCCUGCCUCCUUAGGGGCGCGAACACGCGCACCAACUUCGCCACCGGUGCGCAUGCCUCGUCGCCGUCCUCGCCGCUCGCGGCGAGGAUCCGCGGCAUCCUCAACCACAAGAAGCUGAAGAAGAACGCAGCCCCGCCUACCGUCAAUUUCUUCCCCGCAGUGUACCAUCGUGCUGGCGCCAUCGGCACAGCCGUCGCAACUAGCAGCACUAGCACCAGCACCAUCACCACAACCACCAGCAGCAGCAGUCCUAGCUCCAGCAUCAACUUCUCCAUGAGCAGCAAUGGCGUUCGCACUCCCAUCCUCCCUGCUCAGAGCAUAGCUGAGGAAGUCUGCAGGCCAUACUUGAUCAGUGGAAGCGAAGAGCUCCAGCAGCUGGCCUCACAGCAGUACGAACAAUGUUGGGCACUCAACACCAGCCUGCCAUCUACAGAUGGAUGCGCCAUGGCUAACAACAAUGCUUGCUCGGCGGUCGCAGAUGCAGAGCUCGGCAAGAUCAAGCUGGAGAAGGAGUUGUUUGACACGGACAGAGUCCCAAAUGGCGGAAUGGACAGAGUUCAGGACAAGGAGUUGUUUGACACGGGAAAUGAUCCAUCAGACUCCUUAUGGGAUCUGCCACCUAUUUGCCCUCUGUCUUGCAGGUCUUUGAUGUAUUAGACUAGAAAAAGAUUUUGCAGCUUCGUAUCUCAGUGUCCCAACCUUUUGGGUCUGUUUUCUGCUCCUAGGAGCCAAUUCCGUACCAAAAAAAAAGAGUGUAUGAGGAAUGAUGGCCAGCAAGCAGAGUAAUGGGACGAUAUAUUUUUCAUCUAGAUGAAUGGAUUUUACAGAACUUCUCUUGGGUUUUUUCCUUUUCCUUUUCUUCAGGAAACAGACUUAGAUUCUUUUGAGUUACCUCCAGAGAGUUUUAUCAUUCCUAUGUACAACAAUAAUGUAAAUUUUUGUGGUGGAUUUUUAAAGAAAUUAGGUAUGCGAUAUUUUCAUGGUACAUCUGUAGACUUAAAGUAGCUUUUUUUACAGAAUACUGGUUCUGAGGGGAACAAUUAUGAUUUUAUAGGCAAAAUCUAUAUUAAAUGAUAUUUGCAAGUAUUUGUCAACCAACCAAAUGAAGGUUCCUUGGAUGGUAAGUUUAGUGGAAAUACUUAUGAAAAUACUGAUUUUAUGUUAGGAAAAAGCCCAUUUUACUACCCUCAUCAAUCACUUUAUCCACUUAAGCCCCCGAGUAAAAUUUAGGCUCAGUUUACUCCCACGAACUAUUUUAAUAGGUCCAAUCUACCUCCUAAUGAGAUUUCUUUUUUUUGUUUCUCCUUGUACAAGAUGAAUUUUAAGUUCAAAUUUUGUGGGUGGAUAGAGGACAUGAUUCCAUAUGUUGCAAAACUAUAUUAAGAAUUUUUCAUAGUUAUUUUCAUAGGUUAGAAAGAUUUAAUACGAAAUUGAUCUUGGAUAUACAUUUCUACAUGAAAA